AAAGAAUAACAAAAUGACACAUAUACUUGAUAGUAAUCGUUAUCGGAUCGAACAAUUAAUUCGUGGUCGAUCAUCAAGCAAUGGAUUAUCCACAUUUCGUACAGCCACUCAUGAUCAUAUCCUGCCGGUUGGAUGGUUUUGUAAAUUUGAUCCGAAAACCAAACGAUAUUAUUUUAUACGUGAAUCAGAUGAUGAAAGCUCCUCAUCAUCAUCAGAGGAAUGGAAAGAAGAAGAAGAAUAUGGUGAAUUACAACCAUCACCUGACAAGAGAUCAUUUCGACGGAUAAGAGCAACCAGUGAAGAACAAGCAAACAUUGAUCGGAUUUGUAUACAAUUUCCAAAUGUCGAUCGAUCAUACAUUGCACAUCUGACUAGAAUCUAUAGAAAUCGUGAAAAUCUUGUAAUCAGUGCAUUAUUAGCACAAAAUCAUAUUCGACAACCGGCAACCGGUAUUGUGGUGGAUGAAGCUUUGUUCUAUAAGAUCAAACAAUCAUUUCCACAUAUAGAGCCGGAAUACAUUCGAAAAUUACUUAUUCAACAUGAAAAUCGUGAACAUUCUACAAUCGAAGCAUUGCUCAAUUUAUUCGGUUUAUUCAAUACGACCAGAUAUAAGCAUUCAAAAAGGCCACAAUUAAAAUUAAAAUAUCUAAAAUUUGCCUUUCCUGACAUUGAUGAAAUUGUAUUGCUUGAUUUAUUGUUUAAAAAUGAAUUCGAUGCUGGCCGUGUGAUCAAACAUUUGAAAUCGAUCGGACAUGAACAUUCUGAAGUUAUCGAGAUUAGAAUGUCUAAGCUGUCGGAGACUGCUUUGCUUAAAGAAGCAAAUGAACGGUUACAAGCACCAAGGCCAAAAAGUUUGAUAUUCCAGGAUAAAUAUCAUCCUAAUUUAUGGGAACAAGAGGAUAUCAGAAAAAAUCUAAUUGAAAUGUAUCCAUCGGUGGAUAUUUUCCUUGUUAAUUGGGCUCUUGAAGCUACAAAAUUUGAUAUAAAAUUGGCCAGCUCAUUUUUGGAUACAAUGACACCACAAGAUGCUGAAAAAUAUUUAAUACGUACAUUACCGGAUAAAAUUGAACCGAAACUAUUCAUUCUGGUAUCUCGACAAAUUCAAACAAAUUCUAUAACUCAAGAUCUAUUUGGACGUUUAGUCAUUGUUGAAAUUUUCGAUCAUGAUGAUGAUGGUCAAGAAUUAAAAAAACAAGACCGGAAAAUGGUGGAUAAAUCUACAUGGACCAAAGAGGAUGGCAUUAUAAUAAAGACAAUAUAUAAACUUGCACAUGGGCCUGAUAAAGAAAAUCAAAAAGGACCAGAUUCAAACAACAGAAUAACAAAACUAAAUGAACGAUUGGGGCGAACUAGCGUUCGAACUGGUGCAGAUUGUCAAAUGAGACAAGGUCCACAAGAUCAUCGAUUACGAGAGGAUCAACGAGCAAUGAAGAUAGGUGCACAACAAAUGAAUCGACAAGGUGCAAUAGGUCGACAAGUAAUCAGAUGGAAAGAAAGAAUACAGGAAAAGAUGAGAAAUGGUGAUGAAUCGAUUUAUUUUUUUUAGUUUUUCAAAAAUGAAAACCAUGACAAUCAUUGUAUGGAUUAAACUUCAUCCUCAUUACAUAA